CUCUACCUUUCAUUGUGAAUUCUCAGAGAAAAUGAAAGAGAGAAUGAUCUGGGUCUCUGGACAGCAAUUGAUUGGCCAGGCCCUCUCAAUCCUGCGCCAUGUCCUUCUCUUCGUGUUCUACGUUAAACCCACUCGUGUAGCAGUUCUUCAUACCCCAUAAUCUGGAGAUCCAGUUGGGGGCUUGCUCUAGAAUUCUCCAUGGAUAGUCCUAGUUUGCCGUCCCGUGUGCUCAUUGCGUACGAUGCGACAAAGGAUUUGGGUAACGAUGAGAUUCAGGUCACCAUAAAAGAAGUGCGAAUGAGGGGUGACAUUCUUCGUCGAGGCGACACGCUGGUUGUUUUUGGGGUUUUGCAUAAAAUCCAACAUCCCAUGGGUUACCACACCUUAGCACUUGCUCCUGUGUCAAGCAAUCGAGCAAUGGUAGAAGAAGUCUCAAAGAAAGUACAUAUGUAUGUGAACAAGCUUCUGCCAAGUGCUCAAGAGUGUGAAGAUGAAGGGGUGGACAUUGAAGUUAAAGUUACUGCUGGAACUCCAAUCAAGCAGGUUAUUUUACAAGAGAUUGUAGCUUAUAAAACAACUUGGGUUAUAUUUGAUAGGCACCUUAGACGGGAUUUGAGGAACUACAUUAACCAGAUACCAAGCAAGGUUGCAUUAAUUCAAGAUAACUUGUCGGUUAAGGUUCUAAGGUCUCAAACUACAAGUGGAACAGAAGUUAUUGAAAAUAAGUUGUUUUAUUCUUUGAGUAAGCUUGUAGAGCAGUCUAAUAUCUCUUCCAGCAGCUUUCCAACACCAGCCAAUUCCUCAGAAAGUUCCAAUGUUGUUAAGAGCAACUUGAUGUCUUCAUUCAUAUACAGGUCACAGGAGCAUAACUCUUCAUUCUAUGAUGACUUUGGAUCUUCCUCUAAGCAAGAAAAAUCAGGUAUAUGCACUGUAGGUGAAAAGCAAUAUUCUGCAGAUUCUGAGGUAAUCCAGAAACAAUUUAAGAGCAUCUUCCGAAAGAGAUCCUCAGAAGCACCUGUUCUUUGUGCUGCUUGUGGGAUGAAGACGAUAUUAUAUAUCAAGGAGUCCAUGAAAUUCAGUUUUUCUGAACUACAACUUGCAACAGAUGAUUUUUCAAAGGAGAACUUGUUAGGAGAAGGUGGAUAUGGUCACGUAUAUAAAGGUGAGCUUAAAGACGGACAGAUUAUUGCAGCAAAGGUACGAAAAGAAGCAAGUAUGCAAGGAUUUGCUGAAUUCCAUUCUGAAGUCUUUGUUUUGAGUUUUGCGCGCCACAAGAACAUUGUGAUGCUCUUGGGUUAUUGUUGCAAGGAGAACUUUAAUAUCUUGGUGUAUGAGUAUAUCUGCAACAAGUCUCUUGAAUGGCACUUAUUUGAUAAAACUGCCACUGUUCUUGAGUGGCACCAAAGACGUGCUAUUGCGAUAGGAACUGCAAAAGGAUUGCGCUUCCUACAUAAAGAGUGUCGUGGAGGUCCUAUAAUUCAUCGGGACAUGCGGCCCAGCAAUAUCUUGCUAACACAUGACUUUGUUCCUAUGCUAGGUGACUUUGGCCUUGCCAAAUGGAGAACAAAUGAUGACCCUGUUCACACAAGGGUACUUGGCACAUUUGGAUACCUUGCACCAGAGUAUGCAGAGAAUGGUAUGGUUUCUGUGCGAACAGAUGUCUAUGCAUUUGGCAUGGUCCUUUUACAACUGAUAUCAGGGCGCAAGGUGAUUGAUCCAACAAGAGAAGGGCAUCAACAAUCUCUAAGACAGUGGGCAGAACCACUUAUUGUGCGGCUUGCGUUACAUGAACUUAUUGAUCCUCGUAUUGAAGAUUCGUAUGACACGUAUGAAUUGUACCUCAUGGCUAGAGCUGCAUACUUAUGUGUGCAAAGCAGCCCUGAAAUGCGGCCCUCAAUGGGGGAGGUCACACGCCUUCUUGAAGGGGAAAAUGAGCAUUUACACCACUUAGGGGAGCAAUUUAUUCCUCAUUAUACAAAGUUAUGACAAGGAUGACAUGCUUUUAUUUUCAUUUUACAGAUGGUACUGCUUUUUCUCUCUUAUUCGCGUGGUGUUCAUAGCUUCUCGCUAUACCUCCAUUGUGUAUGUGUGUAUGAGAGGGGAGGGUUGGGUUGUUGUCAGUAGUUCAUACUGUAUUUGCCACUCAAAUCUUUUCCCCCCACAGUGGUAUUUUGGAAAUAUAUUGGAGGAAUACCUACAUCUAGAUUAGCCAUAUAUCUUGUUUAAGUAUUGCACCAAGCAAAAUUAUUUGCAUACCUAUUUGAAGAGAUCAAGUGGUUUGUUAAUAUCAUGUAAUGGAAUAUGAAAGUCCUGAAAUGGGCAUGCAGUGUCUUCAUUAAUCAUGAUCAGCCCUUUUUUUAUCCUGUAUCUUGUCAGCUUGUGUUGUUUGGACAUAAACUGCUUUUCCCUCAUUGAAUUCCAUUCUUGGAAUUUCCUUUUC